AUGAGCCAAGUCAAGCCAUUUCCAGUCGACACCCUACCGGCAAAGAGCCAUGUGACUGGACAGACGACUCAGCUGAAGCCCUACGCAGCCUCGCUCAUCUCUCUGUCAUUGGGCAGUGAUGUGCUCCUCUUUGGCUCUUUCACCCUGAAAUCUGGUAGGACAUCGCCCUACUUCUUCAACGCCGGCCUGCUCCACUCUGGCGAGAAGCUGCUCGCACUGGCGUCCGCCUUUGCUGCUGCCAUACACGAGUCUGGCGUACAAUUUGAUGUCUUGUUCGGUCCUGCUUACAAGGGCAUUCCUCUGGCCGCCAUCACCUGUGUCGAGCUGCAACGCUCCUUCGGGCGGACAGUCAAUUACGCCUUCAACCGCAAAGAAGCCAAAGAUCACGGCGAAGGCGGAAGCUUGGUCGGCGCGCCAUUGAAAGGUCAGAGAGUGCUCAUCAUUGACGAUGUCAUUACCGCUGGCACAGCCAUCAGGGAGGCGGUCGAGAUUAUCAAGCUGCAGGGAGGUCAGCUCGUCGGCAUCACAGAGUCGCUGGAUAGGCAAGAAAGGGGUAAGGAUGGCGAAGCGAGCGCAGUGCAAUCAAUAGAAAAGGAGACUGGCGUACCUGUCAUCGCCGUGAUGACAAUGAAGGACAUCAUCGCCUAUCUCGGCGUCAAGGGCGGCAUGGACGAGCAGCUCAGGGCAAUGGAAGCUUACAGGCAGCAGUACGGUGUUGUAUGA